UGGUAGCUCUUAUAUAGCAAUUAAAAGUUUAAAUCAGUAACCAAAGCUUAAACUCUUCAUCAUUGGAGGAAAUUGGCUGCUUGAAAUGAACUCUUAUUGCCUUUCGUUAAACUUCAGAAAACACAAUUUACUUCUGUUGUUUACCAUCGCAAGUUUACUUAAAGCAUUUUACUUUAUUCGCAAGUAAAUACAAGGACCUUUCGAGAGGCGUUUAACCAGAGAUUAGGUUGCGACCUUCCUCACCAAACCACUAGCAAGGCCACACUUAGAUGUCUUAUCCGUCUCAGGGAAGCAUGAUAAAGAUGAUAUCAAAGAUACACCUUGGUAUUAUCCAUUAUAUUUACCUAAUUGGCUAUUGCAAAUCUUAUCCUGUAAUCUUCUCUUUAUGUAAAUGUUAUACCUGGCUGUUCACACAAUAACUUUUGGUAAUGAAAAUUAUUUGUGUCCUAAUUUGCUCUUGCAUAUCUUUAGGUAAUCACUCUUGUAAUAUAUAAUGUAAAUGCUUCUACUUGAAACAUUACACCACUACUUAUUUCUCUCAAAACACACACACAAGUAAAAAUGGCCAUUGACAGUAGUCGUUUUGAGGGCGGUUGUACAAAGGCUAGAAGCUUCACAGUACAGCUCCUCGCAGGGCGGUUUUUCAUGGCAUUUACAACCAUCAUAAUCCUCUCCUUCAUUGGCACCUCCUAUAUAUUUGGUCUAUACUCGGGUGAAAUUAAAACUACACUUGGGUAUGAUCAAGCCACCCUUAAUCUCCUUAGUUUCUUCAAAGACCUUGGUGCUAAUGUUAGUGUCCAUGCCGGUCUCAUCAUGGAGGUGGCCCCACCAUGGGUGAUCCUCUCACUUGGUGCCGUUGUUAACUUUUUUGGCUACUUCAUGAUCUGGCUCUCGGUCACUCACAAGAUCUUGCGCCCUCCAGUUUGGCUAAUGUGUUUAUACAUCACCAUUGGGGCUAACUCCUUAGGGUUUGCCAACACCGGCGCUAUAGUACCCUGUAUCAAGAACUUCCCUGAGAAUCGAGGCGUUGUGAUUGGGAUUUUGAAGUCAUAUAUUGGUUUAGGUGGGGCUGUUAUGGCUCAAUUAUAUCAUGCGCUUUACGGCAAUGAUACUACAGCUGAUGGGGUGAUCUUACUCAUCGCUUGGCUACCUGCACUAAUUUUAUUGGUCUUUGCAUUUAGUGUUCGAGUCCUUAAGUUUGCUGGUCAUAGACAAAUCAAAAGAGAGAAGAAAUUUUUUAGUGGCAUCCUUUACAUCUCUCUAGUCCUCGCGGGGUUCAUCAUGGUUAUGAUCAUAGUGCAAAAACAAGUCGAGUUCAGCAAAACGGGUUAUGGUAUGAGUUGUGUUGUCAUUAUGCUUCUCCUCGUACUCCCUAUCUCCCUAGUUUUCAGAGAAGAGCUAUAUUUCUUCGAAAGCUAUGUGAAUGUCAUGCCUGGUAACGAUAAAUCUCCAUCAAUAAAUCAAUCUGCUAAUAAUAGUAGUAGUAGUAGUAAACAUACAGAAGUGUCAUGUUUCCAAGACAUGUUCCAUCCUCCGGCUUUGGGGGAAGACAACACCAUCUUACAAGCGACGUUUAGUAUCGACAUGAUGAUAUUGUUCCUUGCUACAAUGUGUGGCAUAGGAGGAAACCUAACCACAAUAGACAACUUAGGCCAAAUCGGAACAUCAUUAGGGUACCCUAAAAAAAACCUUAGCACCUUUGUGUCCUUAAUUGGUAUAUGGCAAUAUUUAGGGCGUGUGUUGGGAGGACUCAUCUCGGAGCACUUGUUAAAAUACAAGUGGCCUAGGCCUGCUUGUCUCACUGCCGUCCUCUUUACCUCGUGCAUUGCUCACCUUCUCAUAGCCUUCAACGCGCCAUAUGGCCUCUAUAUAGCAUCGAUUGUCAUGGCAUUUUGCUUUGGUGCUGAGGUGACCUACCUCUACUCUAUCAUAUCUGAGCUCUUUGGGCUCAAGCACUAUGCUACGUUGUACAAUUACGGCUCAUUGGCUGGCCCCCUAGGGUCAUACAUAUUUAGUGUGAGAGUCGCAGGGCAUUUGUAUGACAAGGAGGGAUUGAGACAACUCGAGGCCUUAGAGCCAACAAGGAAGCAUGGGGAGGAGUUGAAGUGUAAUGGAGUCAAGUGCUACCAGUUGGCCUACAUUAUAAUCGCGGCUGCUACGUUCUUCACUGCCCUUGUGUCUUUGAUUCUUGUUGCUAGAACAAGGAAGUUUUACAAGGGGGAUAUUUACAAAAGGUUCCAAGAAGAUGACGAGAAUAAUGUGACAUUAAGAAGAGUGGGUUCGGCUAAGAAGGAAGAAGAGAUCAAUUAAUUCAUGUUACUUGUUUUUUCAUUUGUUUAUAUUUUUGCUAUAAUAUACUUCGUAUAUUCGUGUAUCAAGUGGAUUAAUAGUAUAGUAAUUGAACGGUCCUUGAUUUGAUUUUGGGUGUUGAGUUCUACCGUUACUUUUAAAUUUUAACCAACUAAACUAGUUAGUAUAUGUAUCCACGGAGAUCAUUUAAUUU